GCUCACUAGGCGCUCGCCCUCCGGCCGGGAAGCAUGGGGCCGUCCGGGCUCGUCUGCGCCCUCCUGCUCGCCGCCUGCUGCUGCUGUCGCCGCGCCGCGGGUGUGCCUGGAGAGGCGGAGCCCCCCACCCCGGAGCCCCUGGAGGUGGAAGUUGGCGGGACAGCCCUUCUGAAGUGCGGCCCCUCUCACUCCCCGGGCAACUUCAGCCACGUGGACUGGUUUUCUGUCCACAAGGAGAAGCCGACUCUCAUCUUCCGCGUGCGCAAGGGCCAGGGCCAGAGCGAACCCGGCGAGUACCAGCACCGGCUCAGCCUCCUGGACAGAGGGACUACUCUGGCCCUGGCACACGUCACCCCCCACGACGAGCGCGUCUUCCUGUGCCAGGGCAAGCGCCCUCAGUCCCAGGAGCACCGCAUCCAGCUCCACGUCUACAAAGCCCCGGAGGAGCCGACCAUCCAGGUCAAUCCCUUGGGCAUUUCAGUCAACAGCGAGGAGCCCGAGGAGGUUGCUACCUGUGUGGGGAGAAAUGGGUACCCCGUUCCUCAAGUCAUCUGGUACAAGAAUGGGCGGCCCCUGAAGGAGGAGAAGAAACGGGUCCACAUUCAGUCGUCCCAGAUCGUCGAGUCGAGCGGUCUGUACACCCUGCAGAGCGUUCUGAAGGCCCAGCUGGUUAAGGAAGACAAAGACGCCCAGUUUUACUGCGAGCUCAACUACCGGCUGCCCAGCGGGAACCACAUGAAGGAGUCCAGGGAAGUCGUCGUCCCGGUUUUCUACCCGGCGGAGAAAGUGUGGCUGGAAGUGGAGCCCGUGGGCGUGCUGAAGGAAGGGGACCGCGUGGAAAUCCGGUGUCUGGCUGACGGCAACCCCCCACCCCACUUCACCAUCAGCAAGCAGAACCCCAGCACCCAGGAGAUGGAGGAGAAGGCGACGGAGGACAACGGGGUCCUGGUGUUGGAGUCCGCCCGGAAGGAGCACAGUGGGCUCUAUCAGUGUCAGGGCCUGGACCUGGAAACCAUGGCAUCGCUGCCCAGCGAGCAACAGGAGCUGCUGGUGAACUAUGUGUCUGAUGUCCGGGUGAGCCCUGCGGCCCCGGAGAGCCGGGAGGGCGGCAGCCUCGCCCUGACCUGUGAGGCAGAGAGUAACCGAGCCCUGGAGUUCCAGUGGCUGAGAGAAAAGACAGGCCAGGUGCUGGAGAAGGGGCCCGUGCUCCGCUUACACAACCUGCAGCGAGACGCGGGGGGAGGCUACCGCUGCGUGGCCUCCGUGCCCAGCGUCCCGGGCCUGAACCGCACUCAGCUGGUCCGCGUGGCCAUUUUUGGGUCCCCGUGGAUGACAUCAAAGGAAAGGAAGAUGUGGGUGAAAGAGAACACAGUGUUGAAUCUGUCCUGUGAAGCGUCGGGACAUCCCCGGCCCUCCAUCUCCUGGAGCGUGGACGGCACGGCCCAUGAACAAGACCAAGAUCCGCAGAGCGUCCUGAGUGUCCUGAAUGUCCUCGUGACCCCAGAGCUGUUGGAGACCGGUGCAGAGUGCGUGGCCUCCAACUUCCUGGGCAGAAACACCACCACCAUUUUCCUGGAGCUGGACUCAAACAGAACCACUGGCCUCAGCACCUCCACUGUCAGUCCUUACACCAGAGCCAACAGCACCUCCACAGAGAAAAAGCUGCCGGAGCCUGAAAGCAAGGGCGUGGCCAUCGUGGCCGUGACCGUGUGCGUCCUGGUCCUGGCCGUGCUGGGUGCCGUUCUCUAUUUCUUCUACAAGAAGGGCAAGCUACCAUGCGGGCGGUCGGGCAAACAGGAGAUCACGCUGCCCCCGUCUCGUAAGAGCGAAUUUGUAGUUGAAGUUAAGUCAGAUAAGCUCCCAGAAGAGAUGGGCCUCCUACAGGGCAGCACCGGUGACAAGAGGGCUCCAGGAGACCAGGGAGAGAGAUACAUCGAUCUGAGGCACUAGCCUGCUCAUCACACUGAGUGCCCUUCCCGCCCGGAACACUUCCUGCUCCCUGCUUACCCUCUCCCAACACUCAGGAUGAUCGCCAAAGCCUCUAAAGCGGGGUAGGAGAAGGUCCCUACUCCAGCUGGCCUGCAGACCCCAUUUCUGAGGGAAGGGCCGUCGGGAGAAGGUCCUCUUCGAGGACCGACCCACCGAGGUCUCGGUUGGGGGAGGCUCAUCCCAGGGAGGGGCCUCAGUAUCCCGGGAGUGGGAAGGAGUUUCUUGCAGACCGCGUUUUCUCUGUAGACAUAUUGUGGAUGUAUAUACCUGUUUUCUACCAGCAGCCAAGUUAGGUAGUUUAUCUGGAGCUGGUUUCUGCCCCAAAGGCUGGCGUCCUCAUUCGGUUGUGUCACUGAGGUGAGGACACACUGAGCCCAGGCCCCUCUCUGCUGAAGUAUGUUGCUCACACCGGUUCUGGAGAGUAUGUACCCCAGCAUUCAUUACAAAGCAGCUGCCUGCCUGCCGCGGGAGGCCCUUUUGUGACCCACCUCUCUCUGGGAAGAAGCCAGGACUGGUGGUGUUCCUUAGAUCUUGUUGUCCCUGCAGGGAGGAAGCUGGGCAGUUUUCCAGGGUUAGGCCAUUGUGCUCAAACCCCCUGCGUUAAUUUGGCUCCCAUUGCCCUGUCAGGGGGUCACGUAAGACUGAAAGGUGGGGUUAGGGGACAGCCAGGAGGUCCAGACUGUCCUUUAUGACGAUUAAGACUAGAACUCUACAAGCACCAAACUUCUAUAAAGUGAGCUAAUGGCCUUAGACCCUGGGAGAAGGGCCUUCCCUAAUGGGAGAAUGGUACUUAGGGAUGAGAGCUGGCCUGGCUGGAGCUUUGGGGUGUGAAUGUGUAUUUGUGUGCGCGCACCUGUAUGUAUAUGUGGUUUCGUUAGGUUGUGUGUAAAUUUGCAAAUUUCCUCUAUGUAUGUAUAUAUAUAUAUGUAUAUGUAAGAAAAAUAAAGCUUAACUGUCCCAGAAAUCUCACCCCGUUUUUUAUUCAUCAUGGGCACCACAGCAGCCUGGGGUCUCCACAACUGGAAUCGUACCGAACAGAACACAAAACCCUUCACAUUUAGGAGCGGGGACCAGAGGUUCCCUCUGCUUCUGAGCAAACAGCUCCUGCUCUACCACAGAGGAUGAUCCCCCUGCUUCUCAGCAGCAAGGCCGCCUCACUCUAAGGCAGCUCUCAGGGCCCGGCAGGCUGUUGGCAAGGAGGAGCUAUCAACAUUUUUCUAGGCUUUCCAGCGGCUCGGACUUGCCUUGAGGUGGCAGCAGACUCACCACGAUGACUGCGCGGGCCUGGUCUUUCACUCUCCCACCCCCACGGAAGGGCAAGAACUCCAGGCUGCUACAACAAAAGAAACUUUAUUUAAAAAUAUUUUUUUUUUUUUUUUUUACAGACAUGGGUGCUUGAAAAAGCUCUUUAGUUAACUGUGUAUGGAAAUGAAAAAAAAUUAAUAAAUAA